AUGAAGGACUCAAUAAGAGUCACUUUUCUAGGCCCUCUGGCCUCAUACUCUCACCAGGCUGCCAUUGAUAGUUUUGGCAAGAGUGAUUCCGUUACUCUAUUCCCAUCCAUCUCAUUCACCGAAGCAUUCUCUGCAAUUCAGAACAACAAUGCCGACUAUGCUGUGAUCCCCAUUGAGAACUCGACAAAUGGCUCGGUUGUCCAGACGCUGGAUCUUCUUGCAGAUCGACAAGGGCUGAAUAAAGAUGUUAUAGUUUGUGCAGACUAUUUCCUCACGGUACAACAUUGCCUUAUAAUAGGAGCUCUGCCGUCAAGUGACAACAAAGAAGAUUCCUUCAAGUCUAUAAACAAACUAUAUACACAUCCUCAAGCGUGGGGCCAAUGCGAGAAGUUCCUGGGUCAGCAUUUCCGAGGUAUAGAACGGCAGGAUGUCUCUUCGACCUCGAAAGCGGUCGAGAUUGUUGCAAAGGAGACCUCUGGUCAAGAAGCUGCAAUUGCUAGUAAACUCGCUGCCGAGUUCCAUAAAGCAUAUGUGUUGCAAGAGCACAUUGAAGAUCGAGCAGAUAAUACUACACGCUUCUUGGUCUUGAGGAACAGAUUAGCGGAACGCUCUUCCAACAUCACUAGCUUCCUCAAGACUGCUGCUGCCGGAGACACUGAUAGGCAGAAGAAAAAGAGAAAGUCGCUUAUAUCCUUCACAAUCGAGCACUCGGAGCCAGGAGCGUUAGCAGAUGCAUUAUCAGUAUUCAAAAAACAUGGCUUGAAUCUGACUAGUAUCAACUCAAGACCUAGUCUGAUACGGCCGUGGCAGUAUAUCUUCUUUGUCGAAGGUGAAGACGUAGUGAAUACCCCCGUCCUCUUCUUCCAGCAGGGAAACUAA